UUCUCGCCUUAUGGCACUGGCAUCCAAUGGUACAUAAAAGUGGCUUUUAGUAAUCCAUUCGUCAGUAUGUUGCCUAUCACACCGACCAACAUGUUUUUUGCAAAAUUGAAUACAAUUUCUUUGAUCUACAUCUGUUUUAUAUUCUGCGAUUCUGUUAAAGAUGUUGAGGCACGACGACAAGCAAGAAUGAUUAAUGGGGAAGACGCCCUAAUUGAAGAAUUUCCAUCAAAUGUCUUCCUCCCUAUCUUCUACCAGUUCAAUGGAACCCGGAACGUGGAACUCUGUAGCGGAUCGCUCAUUACCCCAACUCAUGUACUGACUGCUGCACACUGUACUGUCUCCUACGACACAACAUUUAUGAAAUCCCCUUACUUCUGGCUCCCGCGCCAGAUGUCUGUCAUAGCAGGGGUUGCUAGUCUUCGUCAGCGUGGCAACGACUACACUGUUAAACGAAUACAUAGAUUCGGCAGCUGGUACGUUCAGCAAAAUUUAAAUCCAUGGUCACUUUUCGAUAUAGCCAUUCUCGAGUUAAACGAAGUUGUAGAGCUAGGUCCUACACAGCAAAUUAUUAAGUUACCGUGCGCUCCCCCCGAGUUCGGUGACGAAGGUAUCCUGCUUGGAGCCGGACCCACAUCUUCAAAUCCCAGAACACUCGGAACGAUGAAAAAAGCCACGUUUAAGGUCGUACCGUGCGACGGAUGGAUCCAAAAUGGUCUAAUUUGUAUCCGGAAUGAAACCGUUAAUUCGACACAGGGUGACAGCGGUUCCGCUUUCAUAGUCAACAACAGACUUAGUGGAAUAAUGUCGGCAUCACACAGAUCACUGGAGCAUUAUAUUCUAACGAAUGUCUAUAGCUAUAUCGAUUGGAUUGUGGAUAUUGCUGGCAUCCCGGAGGAAUCUGCAGACCCACCUGAGACGCCAUAGAGGCAAGUGGGCUUGCAGGGAUAUCGAAUCGGCAGUCGUACAUAGAAAUGAUUUGCUAUUGAUCAGCCUCUUGACUAGCCCCUUCAGUGAUCGCCAGGACGUAAUCGACAAUUAUCAGCUCAUUAUUAUUCAGUGUUAAAUGAUUUAUUCAAAUUUAUGCUGAGUAUCUUACUUUGUUCAAAUAUUUCUAAUCAGAACGUGAUGAAUGAAUAAUUACGAUAUUUGCUCUACAAAAUUUCAUGAUCUUUAUUGAAGUAAAACAUGCUCAUUAUAGAAUCAUUUCUUUGGUGGCGACUGCUUUCGGUUUUGGAAGUUCCUCCCUAAAUCCAUUAACACAAUUAAUCUACUGUCUGAGUUGAAAACAAAGGAGAGUGAUCGGAUUUG